GAAAACAUGAAUCAACAGCAAUCGGUACAAAAUCUAGAAUUCAUUUCCCUUUGUGAAAAAAUGAGGCCUGCAUGCUUUCACGAUUAUAUAGGACAAGAAAAAGUUGUUGGAUCUAAUACAAUAUUACAACAAUUAUUAACAAAAGGUCAUAUUCCUAGUAUGAUAUUCUGGGGUCCACCAGGAUGUGGAAAAACAUCUCUAACUAAUAUUAUAUCAAAGCUAAGCAAAGAAAUGCAUGGAGAGAAAGUAAAUAUCAUAAAUCUUUCUGCAACAUCUUCUGGUGUGAGUAACAUCAAAAACAUUAUUAGUACAACAAAAACUGAAUCAAAAUUCAAUCAAAUUAUUGUAAUAAUGGAUAAAAUACAUCGUUUUAAUAAACUCCAACAAGAUAUUUUUUUACCACAUGUUGAAACAGGCUCAUUUAUUUUAAUUGGCACAACUACAGAGAAUCCAUCUUAUAGUUUGAAUUCUGCUUUACUAAGUAGAUGCCGUAUAUUUGCUUUAAAUAAAUUAACAAUGUUAAAUAUUGUAGAAAUUCUUUGUAAAGCAAUUUCAUCAAUUAAUGGAGAAAUAUAUAAUUUUCCUCUCAAAAAUUUAUCAACUAAUUUAGAAAAUAAUUUAAAUUUUAGUUCUAAACCACAUUUUUUUAUUAAUAAAACAGCUAUUGAUUGGUUAGCAGAAGUAUGUGAUGGAGAUGCUCGUGUUGCAUUGAAUGGUUUAGAAUUGGCUAUUAAAAUUAAAAUAUCAAAUAAGCUAAAUUCUAAUUUUGUUUCAAUAACUUUAGAAGAUGUUAAAGAAAGUCUUAAACAAGCACAUAUGUUAUCCGAUAAACAAAGUAACAAUAUACAUCAUUUAUAUUCUGCUUUACAUAAAUCAAUAAAAGCUGGUAAAGAAAAUGCAUCUUUAUAUUGGUUAGCACGAAUUAUGGAAGUUAAAGAAGAUCCUGUAGAUAUUGCAAGAAGAUUAAUAAGAAUAUCAAGUGAAGAUGUUGGUUUAGCAGAUUUAGAUGCUCUAGGCAUAGCUAUUCAUACUUUGCAUGGAUGUGAAAUGAUUGGAAUGCCAGAAUGCGAUGUGAUUUUAACUCAAUGUGUUGUAUAUUUAACUAGAGCACCAAAAUCUCAACUUGUAUAUAAUGCAUUAAAACGUGUUGAAAAUAUUAUUAUAAAUCAUAAAGGUCCACAGCCUGUAGUACCAUUACAUAUUAGAGAUAGAUCAGGACAAGAAAAAAUUCAUACUACUUUUGGAUUUCAUAAAGAAAAUGUGUUAACCAAAGAGGAAAACGUUGAAAAUUACUUACCACUUGGCUUGCUGCAUGCUAAUUUUUUUUCAGAAGACUUCUAAAUUUUUCUUUCUUCUCAAAACAAAUUUGGAGUAUACAAUUUUAUUUUAUACAUUUUAACAAAUAAAAUAAUCAAACACUACACAAA